AUGAUUCAAGAUAAUGAUUGUGAAAGUCAGCCAUUGGCUACAUUGAAAAGACUCGACUAUUCUGAAAAAGAAGUUCUAUCGCCUUGCUCAUCUGUAUCAAAUGCAUUACAUGGUUUACCCCUUGCAAGGGUUAAAGCAAUUAUGCAAAGUGGUGGUGAAGAAAUACCAAUAUCAAGUGAAGGACUUUUUACCAUGGCAAAAGCUGCAGAAUUUUUUGUGAGCAAAUUAGCCAAAGAAUCAUAUGAAUCAAAUGAAAAACCGAAGUAUCUUGAAUAUUCUCAUUUAUCGGAAUAUGUUCAAGAGAAUGACAAACUCGAAUUUCUUCAUGAAAUGGUGCCACGUAUGGUAAAUUUUGGAGAUAUUAUGCAUUUGGUGCAGCAAGCGGUAACAGAAACAUGA